UUUUAAUUAGACCCUGCGUGGUUUAGCUUAAGCUGAGAAUGUUUUUUAGCUCAUUAAUUUAACUAAAGUAAUAACUUUUGAUCGAAAAGUUUUAGGAAAAUUCUGGGAGUACCAUUUUAAAAAUGUCGUAUAGUUGGAGGGGUUUCCAUACAUUUUUUUGCCAACCGGAAAAAGUUGAAAAAGGCCCGCGCAGAGCACCAGCGCGCUGAUGCGGUGAUACCUUUCCUCAUCUCUUUCUUUAUUCUUUGGCUUAACUUGUUCCACAACGGCUUCUUUAUUCCCACUCUACAUUUGUUCUCUUUUUCUCAUCUUUGUCUCUCUCAAAUUCAUACAUUGAAGCUCUCUCUUUCCCUUCUCUGUUUCCUUCUUGCUCUAUUUGAUCUCUCAAACUCUGGUCGUCGUCAUCGUCGUCACUGUCGUUGUCAUCUAAUCGGCGAGUCGAUGGCGGAGUCCGUAGUACUCGCGGGACUCAAAUGGUUCGCUUCGUCUCCGUUCCUGAUCGACCUCCUCAAGAAGGGCUAUUCCUACCUUGGCAUGGAUGUGGCUGAAAAGCUGCGGGAUUUGGAGAGAAUUCUCAUCCCCCGAAUGGAGAUACUGAUCGAGGCCGCAGAAAAGAGCCCGCAUAAAGACCGCCUCUGUGGUUGGCUGAAGAGUCUCGAGGAUGCAGUUUACGAAGCCGAGGACGCGCUGGACCUACACGACUAUUAUCUUCUCAAACAAAAAGUGAAGAGUAGCGCAGGGGGAAUCAAGGUGCGUCUUGAAUCUCUUCCUCUAAUCAAAUACUUAAUAAAAAACUGCAGGAUUGUGCCGCAAAAUAUAAGGCUAAAGAAGAGCUUGAUGAAUCUGGAGAAGACAGCUGCGAAAGCUAAUGAAAUCCUUUCGCUCCUAGGGGUUAGCAAUGUAACAGAAUCUCAAACCACCAAAAAGUCAGGUCGAAUGGUCACCACCUCGCGACUCACACAUAAAGUGAUCGGCCGAGACAAAGAUUGCAAUCAUGUAAUAAACCUGCUACAUGGCUCGGCGGGGCUAGAAACUGAAUCUAGCUCUGUCAAAAACUAUUCUAUUGUAGCCAUAGUUGGUCUAGGAGGAGCUGGGAAGACUACUCUUGCACAGUAUGUUUGUGACCGCGAAAAAGAAGCCAAGCAUUUCGAUGUCACCAUGUGGGUUCAUGUGUCCCAGAUAUUUGAUGUUAAAGAGUUGACAAGAGAGAUGGUGGAAUCGGCAUCUGGAGAGGAAUGCCCUCGCCUUGAUAGUCUCGACAUCCUUCAAGGAAAAUUGGAAGUUUCUCUAAGAUCAAAGAAGUUUUUACUCGUAUUGGACGAUGUAUGGAGAGAGAAAGAGGCGGCCGAGCUGGAAUGGGAGCAGUUGCUCGCUCCGUUACGAGUGGGCAAUAGAGGAAGCAAGAUCUUAAUUACAACCCGCGAGAAGGGAGUGGCGGUGGCCUUAGGCGUUCAUGGUAGAAACAUUGUAGACUUAAAGGAUCUAGAAGAAAAUGACUUCUUGUCCUUGUUCACGUACUACGCCUUUGGUGAACCCAUAAUUGAUGACAAUGAGCUAUGCAAGAAAUUGGAAGAGAUAGUGAAGGAGAACGCAGCGAAGCUGCGCGGCUCUCCCUUAGCGGUGAGAAUGGUUGGUAGUCAGCUACGCAAAAGGCCAGAUGUGGAUUUUUGGAAGAAGAUUUUAAGUGGAGACCUAUUGAAAGACACCAUGAAAUCUCUGUUGUGGAGUUAUCAAAACCUAGAAGCACACUUGCAGAGGUGCUUCUCAUAUUGCAGUCUAUUUUCUAAGGGUUAUGAAAUCCAGCGCAAGAAGCUAAUUCACCUGUGGGUCGCUGAGGGCUUCAUCAAGACAGUGGAUGAGAGCGAGAGAAUUGAGGAUAUAGGCCAAGAUUACUUUGAUGAAUUGCUAUCUAGCUCUUUCUUUCAACCAACAAAGGACGAUGAUCUCUACACUACCCAUGAUCUAUUGCAUGAUCUAGCUGUGAAGGUUUCUAAAGAUCGAUAUCUUAGAGUUGAAGGAAAUUCGACAGCAGCAGUAGUACCUCAAGAGAUUCGUCAUCUUUCCCUCCGUAUCGACGCACUGAGUGAUCUCGUUGAGAAGAUAUGCAAUUUAAAAAAUCUACGCACGUUGAUAAUCCUUACGACGACUUAUUAUGAUUAUUUUGAUGAUUAUGAUUACAUUGAUGAUCUUCUCCACAGCAUAUUUGUCAAACUGAAAAAACUAAGGGUGGUGGAUCUUGGCGAAUUCAAAUUAAGAAAACUACCAAAAUCAAUUGGGGACUUGAAGCAUCUGCGCUACCUUAAUCUUUCUGGGUCAUCAUUUAAAAUUUUGCCAAAAUCAGUUUCUACACACUACCAUUUAGAGUUUUUGUAUAUAGGAAAAUGUCCAUUUGUAGCAAAAGGACUAGCCAACUGGAUUAAUUUGCGGCAUUUAUAUAUCCAUGACGUGAUUCUGAAUGUUGUUGGGAUUGGCUGCUUGAAACAACUGGAGAGCCUAAGAAAUUUUCAGGGGUAUUCAAUACAUAUUAAGGGUCUUGAGAAUGUUAAAGAAAAGGGGGAGGCCCCUGUGGAGAUAAAAGGUAUUGAGGAACUUUGUUUAGAAUGGAGUACCACCGAUAACAUUAGCAGAUCGUCAGAUAUGGAUGCACAAGUACUCAAGGGUCUUCGUCCGCCUCCCGAUCUUCAUCAUCUCAAUAUCAUGGGCUAUCAGGGUUGCCUAUUGCCAAGUUGGAUGGUAGGAGACCGAUACCUCUUACACAAUCUUAUAUCUCUUGAGCUUAACGAAUGCCGACAGCUAAAGCAACUCCCGAUCCUUUCCCUAACCCUGAAAAAGCUCGUGCUUUCUGCUUGCUCCCUUCCAAUUGUCUCCAAAGAGGAUUUAGCAAUUAUUAGGUCCAUACAAGACGUAAGAAUUUCACAAGUAGUGACUUUUAUGGAGGGCUUGGUUGCUACGCACGGAUCCCAUAUUGUAUCGGAAAUAGAGUGGGAUUUACGGCGUGGGUAUGACAAACAGAAAUUGCGUAACUGGUUAGAAAAGGCCAUGGACAUUGUCUACCAAAACCAGCAGGGGGAGGAGGCGCAGCUAGUCCUGCCCCAUUCACUUAAAAGUCUUGAUAUCAGCUCAUGCCCACUCACCAACAGCACAUUGCGGGAAGGUUUGCGAGGUCUUGCUUCUCUAAAAUCCCUGGAACUUUGUAAUAUUGUUUCUCUUACAUCCCUUCCCUCGGCGGAUGUGUUGGGAUGUCUGAUGAUGCUCGAAGAGCUACAUAUCAAGCAAUGCUGGUUCCUAACCUUACUGGGGGGUUUGGAAGCCCUCGGCUCAUUGCGGGAGCUCAUCGUAUCCUUUUGCCCCAACCUAUCUGCAGAAGGUGGCAGCACCGCUAUCCUGCCCUCGUCUCUAGAGAUGCUUGAGAUCGAGGCAUGUGAUUGGAAGCAUUUGAAUGAUUCGCUGUCUGAUCCGACUUCCGCAAUCGAUUCAGAGGGCUCGAACAUUAAUCCAUUCGCGGCAUCCCUUCAGCUGGGUCAUCUGAAAUCACUCUGGAGUUUGAGAAUCACCAACUAUCCAAAUAUUGGUUCGUUGCUCGGUUUGCAAGAGUUCAAUAACCUUGCAGUUCUCUUUUUGAUGGGAUGUCCGAAACUCGCCCAUGCAAAAGCCGAGUCAGGGAGUCUUGUUAUAAGAGAUUUCAUCACUGAUGCUCCCUCGCUGCUCUAUGUGCUGCUCGCAGAAGAAACCCUUGCCUCUCUCCAGCGCUUGGAUAUUGAGGAGUUCAAAGAAGAAUCAUUCAGGUCGGAGGAAGAGCAAGUGCUUCAGCACCUCACCUCGCUCAAAGAACUAGAAUUCAGGAGUUGCAGCAUCAAGUCCUUGCCUAACAACUUGGAAAGCCUAUCAUCCCUUGAAGACCUGACUAUUUCCAACUGCCCAAAUAUCAUGUCAUUGCCGGAUCUGCCGAGAUCACUUUCACAGCUCGACUUGAUAGGCUGCAAUCCGGUGUUGAAGAGGCGGUGCCAAAAGCCUCAUGGCCAAGAUUGGUGUAAAAUAUUGCACAUCCCUAGGGUAUCACUUGACUGGGUCGUCCUCUAGCAUUGGCUUGCUUUGCCAAAAUUCGGAGGUAUGCUUUCCUUGGCUUGUGGAAAGCUGGUGUUGUACGCAGUGGUUAUCGAUCCUGUUUUAAUUAUUAGCUGAUUUGUUUGCUUUAGCUUAGAGAAUAAGAUUUCCAGAUGUGGUGAGUGAGUCCAGGGCUGUUAGUUUACUAAGAAUCAAGUCAUCGACUAUCAAGUAUGGAAUCAAAAUGGUCUUCAAAUUGAUCAGAAGAUCCUUUCAGUUGGCUAUGAUCUGCUACUUGGAAUAAAGGGGAGAAGCAUGUACCUGCUGCUAAGUUAUACAAAUCUCAACAGCUGUUUAUAUUUGAUUUGUUUAUAAUCUGAUUCUGCUCUGCCACAGGAGUUCUAGAUGGCUCCAUCAUAAGAUUUCUAUCAUCUUGGGUUUAUUCUUCUUUUUUUUUUUUUUUUUUUACUCCUUUCUUUUGUUGUGAAAAUAAUCCGGCAACAGUUGAAAACUUGUAAAAAAUUUCCAAUCAACAGCACUAGAAAAUUGCCUGCAAGAAUGUUGUCAGUUCGUGGUAUUUAUUGCGUAUUGUUUAUCGACAGUGUCUGUAUCUGUAUAUUGUAAUGUGAUGAUAUUUAUCUAUAUGUAAUUGAACUGUGAUUUGGAUA